AAAGGGAGCAUUCGCCUACAAAAAGGUGAACCGUCUCGCCUGGAAUUGACCUGCAUGUCUCUGAGCUUCCCUGUAUUUUCUUUUUCUUUUCAUUCUUUCUUUUUUGAAAUAAAUUCUUACUGGUUUUACAAAAGCAAAAUAUAUACCGGGGUGGCCAACUCCCAAGAGACUGUGAUCUACUCACAGAGUUAAAAACUGACAGUGAUCUACCCCUUUUUGGGGGGUUCAGGUCAAAGCUGUUGAGCUUUUUUUAGGAAGGGGAGCCCUGUAUGUUUAGCCUGGAGAAGAGAAGGUUAAGGGGUGAUAUGAUAGCCAUGUUCAAAUAUGAAAGGAUGUCAUAUGGAGGAGGGAGAAAGAUUGUUUUCUGCUGCUCCAGAGAAGCGGACACGGAGCAAUGGAUUCAAACGACAAGAAAGAAGAUUCCACCUAAACUUUAGGAAGAACUUCAUGACAGUAAGAGCUGUUCGGCAGUGGAAUUUGCUACCAAGGAGUGUGGUGGAGUCUCCUUCUCUGGAGGUCUUUAAGCAGAGGCUUGACAGGCAUAUGUCAGGAAUGCUUUGAUGGUGUUUCCUGCUUGGCAGGGGGUUGGACUGGAUGGCCCUUGUGGUCUCUUCCAACUCUAUGAUUCUAUGUUGUUGGACAUGCUUGAUAUAUACGAACACAAACUGCAAUAACAGAUCUCUAUAAGAGAGAUUCUCCCAAUCUCGAGACUCCGCCCCCUUCCUCUCCAUGGGGGUCCCAUUUUAAACAUCUAAAACUGCAUAUUCAUCCAGACUCCAAUUUUUAUAUCACAAUAAUUUUUGCACUACAAGUGAGUCAAAAUUCUGCUCUUGUUUCCUUCUGCUUACAGUGGUCUGCUAAACAACUUACACAUUUUCCCCAUUCUUUUAUAAAGUUUUUCUCUCUCUUUUCCAGUCAGUUUUGCCACCUCUGCAUAAUCUGUCAGCUUGAUUUGCCAUUCCUCUCUGCUAGGGAGUUUGAUCUUUUCCCCAGUUCUGGGCUAAUAACAUCCAGGUGGCCGUUGUUGAAGAGUUACUUUAAACAGAGCUUCUCUGUAUUUUCAAGCCAUAAAAGCCCUUUUUGGGGAAUGCCUGGAAGAUUCCUAUUUGGACCCAAAAGAGAAGGAAAAGGAAGGGGAGAGAGGAAGAAAGGAAUAUAGAGAGAGAGAGAGAAGGGGAAGGAAGGAAGGAAGGAAGAGAAAAAGAUAAGAGAAAGAGGGAAAAGGGAGGGAGGGAGGAAGGCACUUCUGUUUCAGCGUAUCUGAAGAAGUGCGCAUGCACACGAAAGCUAAUACCAAAAUAAAAACUUAGUUGGUCUUUAAGGUGCUACUGAAGUAAUUUUUUAUUAAAAAGAGAAAGAGUGAGAGAUAGAAGGAAAGAGGAGGAAGGAAGGGAGAUAAGAGAAGGAAAGGGAGGGAGGAAGAUUAUUAUUAUUAUUAUUAUUAAUACCCCGCCCUCCCCAGCCUAGAUAUAAAACAACUGAUUAAAAUACAAUAAUAAAAAGAGAUAAAUAGGGUGAGAGAGAGAAGGGAAGGAAGGAAGGAAGGAAGAGAAAAAGCGUGAGAGAGAGAAGGAAAGGGGAGGAAAGAGGGGAGGAAGAGAGAAAGAGAAGGAAAGGAGAAAGGAAGGAAAAGAAAAAGAUACGAGAAAGAAACGAGUGAGGAAGGAAGGGAGAGAAAGGUAGAAGAAAAGGGGGGGAAGAAUUCGCUCCCUUUCCCCGCUGGUGCCACUGGGGGGCGCCCUCCCUCCCUCCCUGCCCCUCCCCCGAGCGGACUUCCGAUCUCGCGACAGUUGCGCGUCAAGAUGGCUACAAAAUAACAGCUCGGCUGCCUUUGAUGGUGCGGGAAGAGGAAGCGGCUGCAGCAGCUGGAAAUCCGCCCCCUUUAAAAAAAGCAGCAGGGAAAAGCAACGUCGUUGCAAAGAGAGGUUUCCCUGGCGCAGAGAUGGAGAAGACGCCGCCACCUGCUGCUGCCCCACUUGCACCCCAAGACCUCCGGCUGUCCCCCAGCCGCGCCAGGAGCAAAGCGGAGAAGGAAGAGGGGCCCCUGCCGUUAGUGACCUCUCCCGUGGCCUCUUUGGGGGGCCUGGCCAACUCGGGGGUUUCGGCGACCCACAACCACCCCACGCCGAGCAGUGGGGGGCGGAAGCAGGACCUGCGGCUGCCAAAGAGGAGACCCCCAGGGAAACGCUACCAGUGUUCUGGGGACGGCUGCCGCCUGGCCUGCCGCAGCAUGAAAGAACUGCUGGAUCACAUUGCGGUUCAUUAUCGGCCCACGCAGUCGGUGGAGGGGAAGAUUUUCCGCUGUUCUUCUCCGGGCUGCUUGGAAUCUUUCCCCAACAUGCAAGUUCUCAUGGAACACAUAAAGGUGCACUACAAGCCGAACCGCUACUUCAAGUGCGAGAACUGCAUGACGCGUUUUCGGACACACCGCUCUCUCUUCAAGCACCUCCACAGUUGCUCCUCCGCCGGAACCGCCACCGGAGCCGCCCCUGCCCCCGCCCCCCCGCCCCUGGCGCCGGAGAAGCCCCCCCUGGAAAAGGAGCCCCCCGGGAAGCUGCUGGAGGUUCUCCCCCCCAAACUGCAAACGGUCAUCCAGCAGCUCAGGAAGGAAGCCAUCCUCCCUAGCGAGGUGGAGGCUCCACUGCCAGCCCCCGACCCGCUCCCUCCCAGCCCCCUGGGGCCCUUGCCCACCCUGCCCCCGGGGCCCCACCCCUUCCCUCUGCUGGAGCCCUCCCUCUUUGGACCCCCGCCGCCCCUGGCCAGGUUUCCGGGGCCGGCUCCCCCCACGCUCCCGGGACCCUUCCUGCCUUACGUCCAUCCUGGGAGCUACGCCUUGCCUCCGGCCGCCGUCCAGAGCCGCCUCCGGCCGUUCCUGCCGCCACAGGGACUCCCCAUCUCCAACGCCGUCUGGAAGAAAAGCCAGGGGCACUCCUCCAACAGCCGCAUCGUGUGGGAGCACACACGGGGGCGCUACAACUGCCUGCAGUGCUCCUACUCGACGGCGUCGCGGGAGGAGGUCACCCAGCACGUCGAGGACCACCGCAAGAACCCCUCCCCGCCCGGGCGCCUGGACGGUGAAAUGGACUUUGGGGUGGGGCUCCCCUCGUUCCACCCCAGACUGACGCCGGAAGUGGAGAACACACUCUUCUCACCGCUGUGAGGCUUCCGCGGUGCUGACCCCCCCCAAGACCCCACCUCGUUUUGUCACCAUCACCGUCUUCAUCCCCCCUUUUAAGGUGCAGUAAGGAUGGUGGGGGGAAUCUUGACUCCUCCCCCCCAAAAAAGGGAGUAGAGGGUGCAGACACCCCCAAUAAGUCUUUCCUCUCCAACCCCCCACAGAAUGUGUGCGCACAAAUGGAUGGUGUUUGAUGGGAAGGGGGUUGGAAUUUAAUUAUUAUUGAUAUUAAUUUAAUCUAGAACUUUUUCUGGUGCAUUCUUCUUCCCUCCCCCCCCCAAAAGGUUUCUCUUGCUUUAAAGGCAAAAUGCUCAUUUUCCCCCUGUUCUCUUGGUGAGGACACCUCCAGUCCCUCCUUCCCUAAAGCCGAUGAUCAGGUUUGCUCAGGUUUGUUAUAGUGGGCUAUUUGCUGCUUUUGCAAAAAAAACACACACACAAAAAAACAGAAAUAAAAUGGAAUUGUAAAUAAUAAAAUAGAAUUGUACAGAAAAUGUGAGUGAGCCUUUUUGUCUCAGUGCGUUUCUUUCGAGCCCUAUUUUUGAGGGUGGGGCAGUGACAAAGGCAAACAAAUACACCUACCUCUUGCCGUGUGUGUGUGUGUGUGAGCGCAAGGAACACCCUUUGUUUUUUUUUAAAAAAAACCGUUUUGUUAGAUUUAAGCAACCCACCAGAGUCCUGACACCCUCCCCACCUCUCUACUCACACACAGAGAGAAACUGCUCAGGAUUCAAGGUGAGUUCCACCAGCAAAAACACAAGCAGAAUUUUUGGGGUGUGUGGAAUUGGGGCCUCCCCCUGUGAGGUCUGCAGUGAGAAGCACCCUGCUCUCUGCUCCUGCAGGGAUGAAGGGGGGAAGCCCACAAGUGCCCCUCCCCACCUUGGCCAACUCCCAGAGCCGGUCAGGGAGCCU